AUAAACAUCGCACAGUUCCACUAUUUCUAACAACCCCAUUUUCCCCGAUUCCGGUUGCUGGUGCUAAGUUACACUGCUGACUACGUAGACCGCAUCCCGCUGACACAGAGCCCCCCAGAAGGGUGAGUGAGAGAGCUCAACACGGCGGCGACGAAACCUCCCACCACCAACCCCAAACUUCGACCUGUGAACACCCUUCUCGACCUCCUUAUCCCAUCCACUCAUCUCCCCUCAUCUUCAUCUACCCCCAUCUUCUCCCCGGGCUUCCAUUUAUCUUUUUUUUCUUUUUACAAUCCUUAAUCACUUCACCGGUUGCGUUAUGGUGGAUAAACGCUCCCUCAGGUCAAACAAACGCUCGGACUCUGGGUCGUCCGGAAACAAGAAGAGUGGUGAUUCCUCCAAACAACCAACAAAGUCAUCAACCAAGAAGGCAACAACCAGCAAGAAGGCGGGAUCGUCACCACCAUCGAAGGAGGAGAUCCCGCUGGUCGAGAAUGGUGCCGAAGAUAUCGAGAUGAAGGAUGACGCUGAAGUCACCACUCCCACUGCUGGGAAGAGGACUGAGAAGCCGGGGAAGCCUGGAGAUGAAGACGUGGAUAUGAAUGAUGGGAAGGAAGAAGGGGAUAAGAAGGAGGAAAACCCUGUUGUCGUUGCAAUAAAUGGUACGAAUCUACCUGUUUCUCCUUGGGGCGCAAACGAUGGAUCUAAUGCGGUGGUUUAGAAAUUAAGGAAAACUUCACCCUACUCGAGAGAGCUGUCACCCUGUUCGAUGCUCGAUUCACCCUCCGUGUUCUACGUUCCCUAUCAUCUCUACGCCGGCGUCUGAAUCCUGAGAUUCUCACCAAGAUUGUUGCCGAAACCUAUCCUGGAGAUCAUCCCUCGUCCCGUAGGCUUACCACGGCCAUCGGGCCUAGCGCAUUCGGGAUGGACCUAGAUAGUUCUUCUGAAGGAUCAAAGGACGGCGGGGCUCUAUUGCCGGAAAUUGAUAUCUACCUUCACUUGCUCGUGCAGAUUUAUCUCUUGGACCAGAAGAAUUUAGAAACGGGCGCGGCUUUCUCCACCGAGCUGGUUCAGAUAAUACAUUCGCUCAAUCGCCGAACGCUUGACUCCCUGGCUGCUAAGGUGUACUUUUACUACUCUCGUGUGCACGAGCUUCUUCCCCCUCCUGCCGUCGCCGGAAUUCGUCCACAACUUCUUGCCUCUUUGCGAACCGCUACCCUGCGAAAGGAUAUUGAUACACAAGCUACUCUGAUUACGCUUCUCCUGCGUAAUUACCUCCAAACAUCGCACAUCACUCAGGCCGAUCAUCUUGUUUCAAAAACCCUAUUCCCUGAGUCUGCGGCCAAUAACCUCAUUGCCCGUUACCAAUACUAUCUUGGCCGCAUCCGCGCUAUCCAGCUUGACUACACCGCCGCGCACAACGAACUUGUGGGAGCUAUCCGCAAAGCUCCCCAGACUGCUGCUGCCGCCGGAUUCGUCCAGGCUGCCAACAAGCUCAAUAUUAUCGUUGAGCUUCUCAUGGGAGAUAUUCCGGAACGGUCCAUCUUCCGUGAACCCAGACUUGAAAAGUCUCUGCACGCAUACUUUUUGCUCGUGCAGGCCGUUCGGAUCGGAGAACUCGAUUCUUUCUUUGACACGCUCAACACGCACGCCGGGACGUUCAAGAAAGAUGGCACAUAUUCGCUCAUUCUUCGCCUGCGCCAGAACGUCAUCAAGACUGGUAUCCGUAUGAUGAGCUUGAGUUAUUCAAAAAUCUCACUGAGGGAUAUUUGCGUGAGACUUAGAUUAGAUAGUGAGGAGAGUGCUGAGUAUAUUGUUGCUAAGGCUAUUCGGGAUGGUGUUAUUGAGGCCACUUUGAAUCAUGAGAAGGGUUAUAUGCAGAGCAAGGAGUUGCUGGACGUCUAUGCCACCCAGGAGCCGCAAGAGGCCUUUCACGAGAGAAUCAUGUUCUGUAUGAGUUUACAUAACGAUAGCGUUAAGGUGAGAUAUCUGAUUUUUUUGAUUUUUUUAGUGAUUACUUAGGCAAUUUGGCUGAUUCCUUGAUUCCCCAUAGGCUAUGAGGUUCCCUAUGAAUCAGCACCGACUUGAACUUAAGAAUGCUCAGGAGGCCAGGGAGCGGGAGAGGGAGUUGGCCAAGGAAAUUCAAGAUGGAGACAUCGACGAUGACGAUGCGGGGGGUGAGUUUGAGGGCAUGUAGACUGCUUAGCUCCGUUGCACAUUUUGCCGUAUAAAACAAGGGGUGUUUGCGAAACUCGUGUAAAGGGCCUCGGUAGGAAGUGGAGGGAGAGUAAACAUUUGUGUGUUGAGGGACUGGAUGCUUUUUUUCUUCUUCAUUUCUAUCUCGCCUUGUUUCAUUCCACAGCAUUGUUCUGUAUGUUUUCCUUUUAGACAAUCGAUACUCUCUUUUA